UGCGUCCACUGAAGAAAAUAUUGAAACAGUUUCGCUGCUCUUUAAUCUCGUCGAGCGUGGGGGAGGAGGUGGCUGCGUUCCAAGGGAGUCUGUCAAAGUUUGCUUUUUUACUUCGUCGUCUUCUAUUCAUCCGAGAUCGCAGGACGGCGAGGGAUCGAUCAUUCUCUUUCCCUAAGCUGUUGGCAUAUUCGUAUUUGAUUUUUCCUCUUCCAUCACUUCACGAAGAAAGAGUCAAAGAGAGAGAAAGACAAAGAAAGAGAAGAUGGUCAAGGGCUUUAGGUGAGAAACUGAGAAUAUGGAAUAGGUAGGCUGAAAUUGCAAUAUCUACCAUUUACCGUUUAGUAUCGAAGCCCAUCUGCUUCUUCAACUCUUCCCUCUUCUCAAGAGGCAUAACCUCUUCAUGGCUGUCGGUUAAGCUAUUGGUACCGUCUUUUUCCAUAUAUUUCGUGAAGAUGUUGGGUGAAGAGGGUAAGGACUGUUCCGACGGUGGCGGCGCUCGGAGAACAUAUUCGCGUUCUGUUUCUUGGACUGAUCGGUCUCCGACGAACAUUAGCCAAAACCGUCGGCCACCCACAAAUAGUAAGCCCCGCCCAUUGUUGCCUCCUCUUCAGCCUCUCUCCAUCAUGAAACGGAGUGCCGAGGAGUGGCCUAGCGCGGGAUCUGAUGAUCUUGGAAUUUGGCCUCUUCCACAAACCCCAAGAGGGUCCGUCAAAGCCUUGGAGAGUUCUGAUUCGGGUCAACCCACAAAAGAAUUUCAGUUCAAGAGGGAUAAAUUAGCGUUUUUUGACAAGGAGUGUUCCAGAAUCGCGGAGCAUAUAUAUUUGGGAAGCGAUACGGUGGCGAAGAAUCACGAGCUUUUGAGGCGAAACGGGAUCACUCAUGUGCUCAACUGUGUUGGGUUUGUUUGUCCUGAGUAUUUCAAAAGCGACUUUGUGUACAAGACACUUUGGCUGCAGGAUAGCCCCACGGAGGAUAUCACCAGUAUCCUCUACGACGUGUUUGAUUACUUUGAGGAUGUCCGGGAGCAACGCGGGCGUGUGCUUGUGCAUUGUUGCCAGGGAGUUUCUCGUUCAACCUCUCUGGUCAUUGCAUAUCUCAUGUGGAGAGAAGGUCAGAGCUUUGAAGAUGCGUUUCAGUAUGUGAAGACUGCACGAGGAGUGACCAACCCAAAUAUGGGGUUUGCUUGUCAACUUCUGCAGUGUCAGAAACGUGUACUUGCUAUGCCCGCAAGUCCAAAUUCUAUUCGUAGGAUGUAUCGAAUGGCCCCUCACUCGCCCUAUGACCCUCUUCAUUUAGUCCCCAAAAUGAUAAACCAUCCAGGUGCUCGAGCUCUUGAUUCUCGAGGAGCGUUCAUUAUUCAUGUUCCUUCUGCUAUUUAUGUGUGGAGUGGAAAAAAUUGCAGUGCGGUGAUGUCAUGUAAUGCAAGGGCUGCAGCAUGUCAGGUCAUCCGAUAUGAGAAGGCAAAGGGUCCGAUUCAGAGCAUCAAAGAAGGUGAAGAGCCCCUGGAGUUUUGGAUUGCUCUUGCCAACGAGCAAAUCUUGUCAGGCCAUGAAAGCGUGGAGAUCCCUGAAGCUGAUACUAGCAUGAGGAUUGGUGGGAGAAAAGUUAGUGAAUAUGAUUUGGAUUUUGAAAUUUUUCACAAGGCGCUUGCUGGCGGGGUUGUUCCACCUUUUUCUGUUUCUAGUGCCGGAUCAGAAACUUGCUUACCUGCUAGAGAAAACGGUUGGAGUAGACUGAGGAGGAAUUUUGCUCGUGGUAUGAUGAAAGGAUUGUUCACAUCAUCCUGUAAAUGGAACUGUGAAGUUACUAUCACCAAUUCUGCAGACGAAGAAUGCUGUGUGAUUAUGCAAGAAGGAAACCAAGAUUCUGUUGUUGAUCCUGAUUUGUCACCAUCAUCAUCAAUCUAUCCCUGCGGUUCACCUGAUUCUUUUGAAUGUUUUCCAGAUAACCGCUCAGACAUGGCGAAGGAUAGUACUAUUGAAGUCAUGGAUCUCUCUGUUCCUCCCACUCCAGAUUCUUUUUCUUGUUUCCUAAGCAACAGCCCAAAAUUCAAUUCCAAGUCCCCAACGCUCUCACCCUCCAGUUCUGAUUAUGCCAGUUCAUUUACAUUUUCACCCUCGUCUACAAAUUGGUCUGACUUGUCGCUUGUGUCUUCUAGGCAGCCAUCUCCUUCCAGCGUGGAACCAACUGACCCUUUUUAUGCCAAAGAACUUUCUUUCUCAGAGAACUCUUCACCUCUCAAAGCUAUUUCGCCGCCCAAGGAGGAGGCAUUUUAUGCCGAUCACACAUUGGGAGGGGUUGACACCUAUUUGCCAAGUAAAUGGUCCUCCCCUUCCCUUGCAGAGCGCAGAGGGAGUAAUCCUCCACCUCGUAUGUUGCUUCCCUCUGUCAACGAAUCAUCUCACGACCACACCAACCUGGGUGAGCAAAACAGUGCCCAGCAAGUCAAGCUUUGUGGAGAUGGACAAACCAUUGGAAAUUGAUUUGGGGGAGCUGCAUGAUCUGCAUCAAAUAGACCAUAAGCAUACAUCAGAAUAUGAAAGUCAUUCUAAAACAAUUCAAGUUUUGCCACAAGAGAAACUUUAAGAUUGAGUAGAGAAAGAGA